UGGAAUUUUCUCACUGAACCCUUAUUUUCACUUCUGGAACCCCGGGGUUCUGCAGAACACCAUUUGGGAAACAUUGUGCUAGUGGGAUUGUUGACAACAGAAUAAUUUUGGGAUUUAGGAAUCCUGGGUUCAGUUCUAGGUUCCAGAGGAGAAUAUAUUGAUUACAGGCCCUUCUGUCCCCAUGGGCUUCUAUUCUCCCCCAUUUUACAUACAUAUCCGCUUAUCUCCCUGUUCCCUUGUGCUUCCAGGGUGUGUCCUACCUUGGUUCCUCACAUACAAAGGAAUGAGUAAGGCUUCUUCUGCCACCACCUUGAUGCUAGCAGGAUAACAGCGAAAAGAGAAGUGUCUGCAUAUUCUGGACUGUGGUGGUCCAACUAAGGUGCCAGGUUGGGAAAAGUUCUGCUGGGCUCCAGCAGCCAUGGGUGGAGCAUGUAAUAUGGAGCAUGUAAUACUCGGUACAGGUGAAAUCUUUAGUGAAUUCAGCUGUCAGCUUCUAACAAACCUCUCCUGAGCAUGUGCAAACUGCAAUUAUUAUUGGCUUAUAACUUGCCAUAUGUAGGCAAAUAUUUACAGUUACAGCAAAGCACACAUCCCUGGCACCAAUUGAACUUCCUUGCAAAAUUGCAUAUCCCUUUGCAGAGUAUAGGGGAGGCGCUAGAGCGUCUUAAUUACGUGGUUGUAAAAAACUUGAACAUGGGCAAAACAAUGUAUUUUCCCCUAUCUCCUUAUCUAAAAUGGCUGAACUAUUUUAAUUGAAAUUUUUGAAAAAAAUCAAUCCAAGGGACAGUCGGCCAGCAUGGAAAAUUUCAGCUUCACAGGUUAAAGUUUGGCAACAUUAUAAGAAACAAAGUCGUCUUAUAGAAAGUAAUAAGCAGGGAUUGACAAACAGUGGCGAAAUCUACUGCCAGCCCCGCACCAUGCAUGUGCAAGACCCGCAUUGCACAUGCGCGUGCCACCAGUGAACGGCUGAAAUCUACUCUCCACAGAGAAAUUACGGCUUUGGAGCAGAAACUGCUGUCAUCUGAGGAGACAAUUCAGAAGCUGUUGAAUGUGAUCCAGAAGAAAGAUGACUUAAUUGUACAGCUGAAACACAGGAGUCAUCUUCUGACUAAGAUCUGCAGAAGCCGACCCAUCCUGGACAAUCUCCUGUCUUACAUGGCAGAAGGGGAAAAGUUAAGUACCUUUCCAGAGACACACAGUGAUUCUAGUUCUCCGAUUCAUGAUGAGUUCCAGGAGUCAAACUGCAUCACCAACCAGAUAUCAAAGAUCAAUGACUUCUCUCUCAGUGAAGAUGAUCUGGAAGAUCAGAAAUUGGAUAUAAGCCAGUUUGGGACAACUGUCUGAACUGAGUGUGGAACAUGACCUUUAUUACAAAUACUCCAGUACCGUUUUUCAAACAUCCUUUUGUUUUUUAACCUUGUCUUGAAAGAACCAGGUUCUCUUGCAAGUAAUCUCUUCUAUACCUCCUUCAUUGAGAUCUCAGGAACGUGGGCGCUAUGCAAUACUAGCUACCUGAGUGGAUACUAACCCUUAAUGGAAUGAGCACAUCUGGGUUUUCUGCUAUUCCUUUAUCAUGGCAAUCUUUUAAUUCUCCCAGCCUUCGGUAUUUGCUUUCCUCUCUAAUCCAAAACACUCCAUGUUCAAGGAUACCAAGUCAAACACUUUAUGCAUAGAUCUUAAAGCACUGUAGGCCAAAUGUCUCACCAUCAGCUUUCAGUUUCUGUUGACCUAAGCGCAGCUCCUCAUCCAGAGCUGUUAUAUAUCCAAGCCAUAGACGGUGAUUAAUUAAAACAGGAUGAUUAUAUAUGAAAUUCUAGGACACAUGAUGUCUGAGUCUAUAAACCUAUAAAAUAUUGUGCAACUUUUGGAAUGAAAAAUCUAAGUGCUCAAAAUUCUACAUGUUUCAGCAGAAGGACUUAUAAAUUAGAGAAAAGCUAUCUUUUCUGGGAAGUUUGGUUCCAUUGGUUUUAGGUAUAGGUUGAAUUCCCAACCUACUGUUUAGGUUCAUAGUUUUGGUUUUUUUAGAUUAGAUUUGCUAGUUAAGAUUAAUCAUAUCUCUUGGCUUUUGCUCCAGGGAGUUAGCACUGAAAGAAGGAAACUGGUGUUUGGGCUUGAGACAGGUUUACAAAUGCAACUGGAGGGAAUCCAUUUUCUGAAAUUACCUUCUUUCCAGAUUGAGUCUUGUCUGUUUUAAGAUCAGAGUGGAGGAAUGAAAGGGAAAAUAUCACAUUCAUUAGUAAGAGUUGUAAGUCACUAUAGUUGGCAGUGGGAUUUUAAUGACUAUUGAGUGUGAAAAUUAACUUUCUGUACAGAAGAAGGUUUGGUUUCUAAUUUAAUCACUCUGAAAUUCAUUUUUCUACCAAGUGUUUUAAAUGUAUUUUAAACUUUUAAAAAUUCUGCUUAUACUAUCAUCUUACAGCUUUAGGAUUGGCAC